ACAAAGACACAAAGGUACGCACAAAACAAUCACACAGUUACGUACAAAACAAUCACAAUUACACACAAAAACAUCGUACACAUUUACGCACAAAAUAAGUGUGGCCUUAAGGAGGAACUGAUCUCACGUCAGACCCCUGCAUGUUUUGAGGAAAGCAGAACAUAACCUGUUUGACAUGCAUUGCCGCAAACACAAUAAUAAUAAACUUGCCAUUUAGUAUUUUGAAACCACUGUAGAUCCAGGUUUGUCGUGCAAAGGAUAAUGUAUUUUCGUAUCUUUUAAAAUUGGCCUGUGGUUGGCCCUAGCAUAGACUUGAAAGACGCCGUUUAACAAAAUAGAAAUACACUGCACACACCACUGGAGCUGUGGGCUUCUUAAAGAACACAGGUGUCAGGCAAUGUGUAACAGCGUGUAGGCUAUUUCAAUAAAUAGUUCACACAUAUUAUACCAGACCCGGCAUGACUACAUCGUAUGGUAUUCAGACAUUCAGGGGAAUCAUUGAAAGAAAACUUUUUUUUCUAUCCAGGUCAAAUUAAAGUGAAGUACAAAUAAUUAAAUAAUGUGACGAAGUAAACAGCCGCCUACAAGAGUUUCCUCCUUGUCGUUGUUGUUGUUGUAGUCUCCCACACACACACACACACGCACACGCACACGCGCACACACACACGCACACACACAUACACACCUUGUUGUGGGUUUGUUGUGUUUCCCGCUCUCCAAAAAGCACACGGGAGCCGGAGUCUUGCGCUCCGUGCUCCGGCAGCAGCAAGCGUCAGAUGGGACUGCGGUGUACUCCCGGACACUCCGCUCCAGUUACCCUCCUUCACCAGUACCGUCCGGCGACUAUGUAACACCGCCACAACGGAACAGCCCCCGAAGAGACGUCUCGUCAUCAGAGUGUAUAUCUGGCCUAAACACACCGGCGCCGACGCGCAGCGGCGCGCAUUUCACGUGGGUCAAAAGCCGCCCCUACUGGAAGCGGCGCGACGGUCGUGCUGCAGUAUAAAAUCAGGAAGUCACCUGUCGAUCAACCGCAACAAAGAGACGAAACGCAAUGGGCCCUGCCUGCUGCCUCUGAUUGCCCCUCCCUCCCCUCACCCCUGGUGACCCCUGCCCCAAGAGAGCAAGGCGGUAGGUCGAGCACGGGCCAGCGCGGGCACGGGCUGACAUGAAGCCGAGGAGGAAGCUGCUGCUGGCGGCCCUGCUGGCCUGGCUCCUCUUCUUCCUGCUGUCCCUCUCCCUGGACAAGGGGCCAGAGGCGGUGGCGUGGGGCAAGCUCCGAGUCUCCCUCACCCUCACCCCCGGGACCACCGGCUCGGGGGAGGUGCCCGACACGCCGCAGGGCUCAGCGCUGGACCCCCGGGAUGAGGGGGGCCUGGAGGGGGGUGGUGAGGAGGUGGAGGAGGAGGAGGGAAGGAGCAGGCGCAGAGAGAAGCAGCAGCUGAAGGAGGAGGGGAAGCCGAGCUGGCAGAAGAGGACGAGGGGGAUCCGCUCGACGCAAGCCGCGCAGAAGCGCUGCGGCGUGGCCGGCUUUAACUUGAGACGCAGGGGGUUGGUGCAGAGGCAGUGGCAUGGCUCUGCCUCGUACAGCAUCCUCAGCCCCAGCCUGCAGCUGGAACGCAAGAACUACCUGAGCGCAAACAAGCACCGGGUGGCCCUCCAGGCGCGCCGGGGCGGGGGGUCAAAGAGUGGCCCGGAACUGCACUGCCAGCUUCAAAGCGAGGCGCGCCUUGGGACUUUAGACGGCAGCCAGCAACCGUUCGCCGGCCUCGGCUGGUCCCACUUCGUGCCCAGAAGACCCCUGGCGCCCGCAGCGAUGGGGUCAGAUUUCAAAACGUGCGCGGUGGUCAUGUCGGCGGGCGCCAUUUUGAACUCUUCCCUGGGGGAGGAGAUCGAUUCCCAUGAUGCAGUGCUACGCUUCAACGCAGCGCCCACAAAGGGCUAUGAGAGGGACGUUGGAAACAAGACCACCAUCCGCCUCAUCAACUCUCAGAUCAUGGCCCUACGCAAGCAUCACUUCAACUCCAGCUACCUGUACCGGAACGUGACCCUGGUGGCCUGGGACCCAGCGCCCUACUCCCUCAACCUGUCGGAGAGGCACAACAUACACAGCUUCAGUCACACCAUGCUGUGGUAUGAGAACCCGGACUUCGACCUCUUCACGUCGUACGUGAGGUGGAGGCAGGACCGGCCGGACCAGCCCUUCUACAUCCUCCACCCCGCCUACCUGUGGCGCCUGUGGGACGUGAUCCAGUCCAACACCCAGGAGAACAUCCAGCCCAACCCGCCCUCCUCCGGCUUCAUCGGUACGGUGCUGAUGAUGGCGCUGUGCCGCCAGGUGCACGUCUACGAGUACGUGCCGUCGGCGCGGCAGACGGACCUGUGCCACUACUACGAGGAGAUCCACGACGAAGCGUGCACACUGGGCGCCUACCACCCGCUGCUCUACGAGAAGCAGCUGGUGCAGCGCAUGAACGCCGGUACCUGUGAUGACCUCCGGGUCAAAGGUCGCGUCACCCUGCAGGGGUUCGGCUCCGAUGACUGCAUUGCGGCACCGUCCAACCGUGACACGUGACCCCCCCCCCGUCUAUCCCAGGGACGCCAUGAAAUUAAAUGGGUCGCUGAAUGUGAGAAAAAUGUCGGUGAUAAAACUGGUGAGAACGUGGCAAAGUUUUUUACGUCCGAAACUUUCGAUGGAGGACAUGGCGAUGAUGGGGAGGACACAUGAUUGGUUCAGAGGAAAACUCCAAGGGAACUUUGUUUGUGAGUAUUUUAACACAAAAGUACACUUCCUUUCACUGGGAAGCACAUCAACAUAAUGUGACGUCUGUUAACGAGGUUCUUGCUUGGUUCCCGACAUUCUUUUUAUUCUAGGUUCUAUAACACCAUGUCGGGAAUAACAGGUUAAGUCGUUUAGGGAAUUGUAGUCUUUCACUGUUUAAUUUAUGAAUAUAUCACAAAGCACAAGUUUGAUAACUUCUGGCAUUUCUUUGAAAGACUGCGUAGUUUUUUACACAUUUUGUGAUAAGGAUGGAUGGAUUUUGCCCCAAUUUUUUUUCUGAAAGACCCCAGUGAGCCAGGGUCCAUGGUUUUUGUGGAACCGGAAAAAUUCCACUUUCAUACUGUCAGGAGGCUUUGUAAUAGUGUUACGCUUCAUUUUCCCAUUCUGACGUAAGACGUCAACAAACAAGAUGAUGGCCUUAAAUGUGUGGUUACAAAAGACAGUACUACAGACUACAUUGGAUGAAGCAACCACAGUAAUAAAUUAAUAAUAAUAUGCAGAAUAUUAUAUUUAGAAUUAUAAUUAUUAUAUUAAUAAACAGCACCUUCAACUUC